GUUGUACCUGCGUCUUGAAACUCCCUCUCCCGCACUCCAUCGAAUGCGUAUGAUGUCUUCUUAGACGCGUUCAUGGCCUCUCGAGUCUCGCAGGGCGUGCUUGAAUCCAUCAGCUCGGUCUCCUUGCACACCUUGCCCGAGGAUCGACCGGUCAAGAGACGCAAACUGGACCAUAUCGAGGUAUUGACGGAGAGAAUAUGCAUCAGGGCCCACGCAUCCUCCCUAUCCGAUGAGCCUGUUGUCCUCGACCCGAUUGCUCUCGUGCCUCGCUCGCGCCUCCCGCUGUCCUGGCUCGACGUGGGUUCGGCUCUUGCUUCACAUUCCCCACAGAGCAGAUUCUUCGUGUCCGACAUUACUUCGCUGGAAAGCGAUUUGGAUGGCUGUGUGGAACCGGUUGGUCUGGCAGGACGGCUGGUCUCGGACAAUGGCGGCGGCAGCGGCGGCGGUCUCUGCGUCAUCGAAAGGGUGAAGAAGGGGAUAUACUCUCUUUCUCGACUUGCCCGGUGGGUACAAGAAGGUGAUAUUCUAGUUGCGGCCAAAGGGUGGAUGAGUGCGGGGUCGGAACAGAGAAUUACUUCAACAACUACUACUCAGUACGGCUCUACGCGGCAGGACACCGGGCUCAACUGGUGGCAGGCAGCGCAGAUCGAUAGGCCUAUCGUCGCCGCUCCCCAAUUGGAGAAGCCGACAAGGUCGGAUGUUUUCUUCGCGUUUGGACCGUCGACCAGAGCUAGUGGGAAGAAUGGCUCGCAAACGAUUUCCGACCCGUUCGUGACCGAUCCGCUGGACAAGGAAAUGGACUUUGUGCCUCGUUUGCCACCAGCUGAGAAGGGCUUCGGGGCUGAUAUCAGCAAAGGGCUCCAGCAUGUCUCUACAGAUCCGAGUCAAGACGUUACCGUGGAAGUCACGCAAUCGCCCCAGGAAGUAUUGGACGGCCUGCGAGACCAAUAUUUACAGGCUCUUUACAUAUCAAAGACCUCCGUGGCAUACUUUGCAAAAGGCCCGCUCGCACGAUCGCGUGCUGCGUUCAACUCCCCCGAUCCUCAAUCCUCGACAACAAGACUGGCCGACCUGGUAGACUUUUACCGUGAGGCGAUUCUCCCCGCGAAAAAGAUCGAUCUGAAAUACAAAGACACUAUCCCGUCCACGAUCCGCUCCGUGGCGCUGAUGGUGUCAGACGACGAGGCCGUCUCGAAACCCAAGAAGCGGAAGAGCAGAAAGAAAAAACUGGGAAAGGAUGGCCUGUACCCAGAGGAAGAGGCGUUCAUUCGACAAUGGUGGAAGGAUCGAAGCCUGACGGACCCCGCGGGAGUCGAGAUCAGCCGUGAAGCGGAGACGAAGAAACACGCCGCCGAUCUUCGCUUGCGAGAAACCCAACUCCAGAUUCUUCUCAUCUUGGAAACAAUGGCUCUGGAAUCUGCGAUUGCGGAUGGAGAGCCGAAGGGUCCCGAACCAGCAGCGGGAAGUAACAACAGCAAGCUUGCGGAAGAAAGGCCAGCCAAAUCGAAAAAGCCUCAAGACUUGCAAGUCCUACUCGAGCUUCUUCUCGACCGACUAUGUAUCUGGUAUACGGUCAGCACGGAUGCAAUUGGCCUUACGGAUUCCAUGAAACCACAGGAGAGUGAGUCCCAGUCCGGGGGAGGAACGAACGCGGAGAGUGAUGUCCUGCGGGAUUUCUGCACCGAGGUCAUCAUUCCAUUCUACGCAGCGCGGCUUCCCGAUCGAUGCAGGUACAUCACUCGCAAAUUCGGAGUUUCCAGCGCCAUUUCGCCCUUGAGAAAGCAGAGCAAUCCCAAGAGCGGUGCUUCCACUUCAUCGCACGCGGCAGAGCCCGGGUCCGUCGUGCAGCGACAGCCUCUGCAGCAACAGCAACAGCAGCAGCGGUCUCGACGCACGCUACAACGCGUGCUGACAGACGAGAGAACGGCGUCGCGGCACCAGCGACUCCCCCCCUCACUCAACCGGUCCAACACUGCACCUACGCACCAGCUAGAAGCGGCGCAUCGGGAGUCGAUGGAGCCACUACUUCCCGUACCGAGUGCCAAGGUGCGUGGCGGGAUCCAGAAACCGAAACGCGCGAGCAACCGCGAGGUCGACCUCAACGCGGUGGCGCGCCAGCACGAGACGAAGCGGAAGAAAAUGCAGAUGCUGGUGGACCAGAAGCGGGAGCUUGACGCGGCAAUUCACGCGCUCAAGAAGCCCAACCGGGAGCUGGUAGCUAAGGAUGUGGCGGAUGCGGCUGAGAAAAGGCUGACCACCACCACCACCACCACCACCACCAACAACAACAACAACAGCGGUAGCUCACGGAAAUCCAAGAACCCCGUCCGCAAUCCAUUUGGCCAGGGGGUACAGGUCAUGGCGACACCUAAGGGGUCUCGCAAGAGGGAUAUUGGUGGUGGUGGUGGUGGUGGUGGAGCUGGCAUGGAUCUGCCUCUGCCUCCACUAAGUCUAAUGGUCCAUUCCAGCGAGCGACACAACGAGUCGUCCCCUUCAGAGAGCGAGCGUACACCGCUAGUGAUUCCCGGAUCGUCUGCGCUCCGACCAGCGGGGGGGAGAGGAGGAAGAGGAGGAGGAGGAGGAGGAGGAGGAGGAGGAGGAGGGGGUGAUCCGAGUGCCAUUCAAGAGACCCCAUCACGGCGGCCCUCAUCUCGAGCGAUGAAUGACGACGACGAAGGUGCCUCCUGCUACGAUGCUGGCCGUCUGUUCCGGGUUCCGGAGCUUCCUGCAUCGCGGGCGAUGGAGCCGGCCCCCUCGACGCCGGGGCAGACGCCGCGGAGUGGUGAUGGUGGCAGCGGUCUGUUCCAAUCGGCGAGAACUCUGCCAGCUACCGAUCUGGCUGCGAUCAUUGGCGAGACACCACCGAGGAAGGGGCACGCGGCAAGGGAUAUGGCGGAGGUGCCCGUGACGCCGGAGAAGUCGAUCUACGAGCAAUUAGGAUGGGAUUGAUAUUAACUAGUUGGUUCCAUAACUACCUGGAUGUCUCAUUGUCUACACGUAUUCUAUGAUAAGCAUGAUCAGGAGAGUAAACAUAACCUGGUCUGUGUCUAGUAAUAUCGAUUCGAUGAUGGGUAAGACUACCUCGGUGCAUAUCCUAUUUUAUGUUCUCCCAACUAGAUCAGUAUAAAUAGAGCAUCAACUGGCAACGUUCUUGUGUAACGGGGGACAACCGUUUGCCACA